CAAGGCCGUUUUCCAGCCGCCCAGCAGCGGGUGGCGAGGGCAGGUGUCCACGGGCCGGUGUUAGCAAGCCGCUAGGGUGAGGCGACGUCCUCGCCGCCUCCUGCUCCUGCGCGGCCUGUCGCAGGGGCUCAUGUUCCGGUGCAGCGCGGGCUGUUGUGAGGACAACCAGGCGUCCAUGCAGCAGGUUCACCAAUGCAUCGAGCGCUGCCAUGCACCUCUGGCCCAAGCCCAGGCCUUGGUGACCAACGAGCUGGAGAAGUUCCAGGACCGCCUGGCUCGGUGCACCAUGCAUUGCAAUGACAAAGCCAAAGAUUCCAUAGACGCAGGGAGCAAAGAGCCUCAGGUGAAGCGGCAGCUGGACAGUUGCGUGUCCAGGUGUGUGGAUGACCACAUGCACCUGAUCCCGACUAUGACCAGGAAGAUGAAGGAAUCACUCUCGUCUAUGGGGAAAUAAAAGUCCUUACCAGUGACCUUUGGGGCUGAGGGCAGGAAUCUAUUUUAAAAGAGCAAUGGGAAUUUUAGUCUUUUAAGCAAAGUUUAUGAAGAAAUUAAGGUUGGCAACAAGUUUAAAGUGUAUGUCACUUGCCUGUGAACACUGGGGUUUUUUUUUAAUCUUUUAAUCCUAGAGAAUGAAAUGGAAAAAACUGGUGCUAAAAUUUGGGUCAGAGAGAGCACAAAAGAGUGUGUCAGAACCUGAGUUCAGGUGACAAUAGGACUUUCCCUUGUACCAAGUGAGAGCCCUCCAAGGGGCUAGAUUCUUCCUGCACAGGUACCGACAUACAGGUACUAGCUGGCUUCUCUCACCUGCCUGUGACCUGGUACAGUUUGAGGAGAUGUUUCUCUUUGUUGCCAACCUGUUUGCCAGUAGUAAGCACCAUUUUUGUAGGUUGUAAAACAAUUCACAAAGACACUAAUCUAGAAGGGGAAAAGGUUUCUGGGUCUUUGUUUUGCUUGGUUUUAUUUUAUAUACAAGGGCUUAGUUGAUGUAAAUGAAGAGUUGGGAGGGAGAGUAGUUUGGAUAACAGCUUGAAACAGUUCUUUGUGGACAUCCUUUACUGGCCAUCAAAUGUGGAUGUGUGUUUCUUCAGAUUCUUACACAGCAUGUUUUUUACCCUGGAGACCAGUUGAAAACAGAGAAGUAACAGCACAUUGAGUGUGGAAGGCAGAGGGUCCCUCUUACUGACUGGCCCUGAAGCCGUCUACACAGAAUGACAAGACAGUCUUACAGUAACAGUUUCCCCUUGAUAGGAAAGAGGAUUGUUAUUGUGAUAUAUACUGGUAUCCAAGAGUGAACAGUAAAAGAGGAACAAUUGAUUACUUAAGAGAGUUGGAAAGUACUAGAUGUGGAACACCUGGUUUUUCUAGAACAGAAUGGAAGAAAACCUAAAUCUAGCAUGGCUUACUUAGCCCCCUAAGUUCCCAGAGUCCUACUGAGACAGUCCUCUGGCCACAAAGUCAAGGUGGAGACAAAGAAAGCAACUUGGCUAGGAUGAGCUGGGAAUCCUUUGGGGCAAAGGAGGGGCAGCCUCCCAUUACCAAAUACCCAUUUUGGCCUUGGGCCUUUGCAACAUGCAGUGUUCCUGCCCAGUGUGGCACCUUGUCCUUUUGAUAAGGACCUUGUUGUCUUUUUGUCAGAUUAUUACUUGAAAUGAUAAUAUAUAGCCUGUCCGUUUGCUGUUUCAAGACUGUGAUAUAUUUUCCUAGUGGUUUGGUUUUUUAAAAAUAAAGUUUAAUUCCCCCCCUCCA